ACCAAGAUGAAAGGGGAAGCCGGAGAAAUCCUAGCUUGACAUCCGUCUUUAAAUAAAUCUCGUUUUACACGUUGUGACGAGAUGCUUGCCGAAGCCUCAUGCCAAGCCACAAAGACAACUGUUUGCGUCCGACCCACAUUUCUUGCGUUUGUCUCCCCCCGCGCGUCCCUCUCAUCCGGAGGUCUCCCCUCCGGUGAGAGGAUCAUUGUCUGCGCGGGUAGGGACUGUCAUCCUGCCUGACCGCCCGGUUUUUUGGAGAGAAGUUGGCGGAGGGAGGGAUGUUCCUGUGAUGAUGGCGUUGCAGCUCAGGAGCGGGGAUGCAGCCUAUUACCAGAGUGCGGGCUUCUGCCCAAACUACACUUCGCAGCCGGUCCGCUACGGUGACAGCAGCCAUUAUUUUGCACAAUUACCAGGUACUGAAGCCAUGAUGAAGCCUCCUUUAAGUCUGUUUAGCCAUCCCCAGCAGCCCUUCCAACACAUGGACUCCCUGCACCCCUUGGGGCCUCCGCCAAUGACGCCUACGCAGCCUCUUGGUUUACCCCACAUUAACCCUGCUCAGGCAAUCGGACCUCCAACAAUGGCUCCUGCCCAAAGUCUUGGACCUCACAUAACUGCCUCUCAUACAUUAAGACCACCACCUAUUACCCCACAACACACCCUGGGCCCUCCUCCAAUGCCCCCAGGUCAACCCGCAAUGGCACACACUCUCGGACCUCCACCUGGAAACCCCACUCAGGCAAUACUACGUCCCACAAUAGAUCUCACGCAACAGCUAGGGCCUCCACACUUAACACCUGCCCAGGCAUUGGUGCCCCCGACUGUAGUGACGCAAGCUACUGGACGAUUUUCCCUUCCUCUUAGCUCUUUAUCAUCAACUCCUGCUCCAAGCCCUGAGCCCUCACAGAUCCCCCCAAGGCCACCAGGACCAGCCUUAAUCCCAGCCCCAGUGUCCAGGCCUGUGUGCGGUCCACCUCCAGCUCAGGCUGCCCCAGCCAGCGAGCUGGAUGUGGAUGAGGGUUCUUCACUUGGGAUGGAGGAGCAGGAAGACUCUAUGGGCUUGGAAGAGUUUUGUAAACCACUAUAUUGUAAACUCUGCAACGUUACACUCAACUCUGCUCAGCAGGCACAGGCUCACUACCAGGGAAAGAACCACAGUAAAAAGUUACGAAACUUCUACGCUGGUAGUAAACAGCCUCCAGCAAUCAGAAUCCCAGAAGCCCUUGAAGGUGUGGGUCAGACGGGGUUCGUCUUAGGAUCUGGAGAUGCUGAUGCAGGAAAGCAAGGGCUGUAUAAGGGGGCACCCCGAGUCAUCUUGGCCACAGAAAAUGACUAUUGUAAACUGUGUGACGCCUCCUUCAGCUCCCUGGCAGUUGCACAAGCUCACUACCAAGGCAAGAACCAUGCAAAGAGGCUACGACUGGCUGAAGCCCAACAGAACUCCAAUAACAUAGAAAGCAGCGCGGAGGCCGUCCCAAGAAGAAUCCGAAAAGACGGCAGUGAAUAUAGACUAGUGAAAAACCGCCGCAGCCCUCAGAUGCCUGCUACCAUGCAAGGGCCGUACUACAACCCUCGGCCGAGGCAGCGUAUCCCCAGAGACUUGGCCAUGUGUGUGACUCCCAGCGGACAGUUCUACUGUUCCAUGUGCAACUGUGGCGCCGAACAGGAGACAGACUUCAGGCAACAUCUGGAGAGCAAACAGCAUAAAGCCAAAGUGUCCGAGUUACGAUAUCGCAAUGAGAUGGAGAACCUUGGCUACAGCUAAGAGGAGGGGAAAGGGGAGAGGAAAGGAUGAGGAGGUACGAGCCACAGACCCUGCCUUGUGUUCGAGGGGCCGUGUUUAGUUAGAGCCAUCGGCCCCAACAGCAACCAGGUCUCGUUGCAACUCAUUUGAUAUAUGGCUGAAGCAUUAAAACCUGACAGGUGCACAUAUUAAUGGAUGGCUUCCGCUGGAAGGGUAGAUCAGCUGUCCACUUAGUGCCAGAUCGACAGUUUGAUCUCCAGCCCCUCCUGUCUGCACAUCAGAGGUGUGUAAAUCCAACUCCACCAUGGGGAACUUUGAUUGGAUAAUAAUGCUGACAUGGUUAUUGGGCCUGUGUGCAGCAUACAGAAUUUUUUUCUGGGUCAUUCUCAGUUUCCAUUCUGACUCAGGAUACAAGUGAAUGUAAAUGAGAUGCUUGUAAUUUGGGGGGGGGGGAAUAGCCCCCAGAAGAGAUUGCAGAAAAAUGGAAGCAUCAAAAGAAAAAUGCUAAAUGAGGUUGCAAAAUUAAAAGAAGUGAAGAUGAGGUAAAUAAAUGAUCAAGGACAAAAAUGGUGAAUCUAAAAUAUUUGUGUUCUGGCUCUGCAGCAAGUGAUAGUGUGGCCAUAGAGGAGCAACAUCUUCAUAGCAUCGCAGGGGUUAGAAAAAUCCAAAGCACUACUUCUUGAUAUAUUUUUUUUAGAGCAAAGCACAAUAAUCUCUAAUAGGUAUCACAUGAAUCUGAGCCUUAGCUGACCUCUGUUCAGUACUUUGAUGGGAUGCUGAUCAAUAAUCUUGGCAAUAUGGAAGCAAUUUGUGCCGUUAUAGGGUUUUCCAAUUGUAUAAAAAGUGACACAAGUACUGUGUAAAUAACCUUAAAUAAAAUAACAUAUGUAAAUAUAGUCUACUAAUCAAAACCAUAUGAAAUCUUUAUUGUUAAUGUUUUAAAAUAGUGUAAAAUGUCAUAUUUAUUUAAUAACUAUCAAGAAUCGUAUAGCGUGUAGGCUGGAUGACCUACAAGCACUAUGUGUUUGUGUGUGGGUUUUUACUAAAGGCCCUCAGCACCAUCUUUGUUCCGCAGUACAACCUUUGAUGCCAUCAGCAGAAAUAAAAAAUAAAAAAA